ACUUUCUUCCUCUCUACCAAUUCUUUCCAUUCUCUUUAUAAUCUUGAUUUUGCUUUGGCGCUUUCUCUCCACUCACUCUAAUCCAAAUGGCACUUCCAUCUUCUUCCCAUUUGCUCUGUUCGAAGAAUUAAUCAGAAAUUUGUAGCCCAAACUCGCUGCUUCUACUCCAAUUUUCCACUUUCGAUCCGUGCUUAAAACCCUUUCAUAAUCUCUAAACCUCGAUUCGAUCACAACCAGUUUCGUUUACUUCUCCUUUUCCUUACCCAUUACCCGUCUUUUGAUUUUCUUGAGUUUUUUUUGAGGGGUUUCGGGCUGAAUACUUUGCUGUGAAGGUUAAGAUGGUUUUGAUAAAAUAUUGUAGUGAAGCCAAGGAGCUGCUCUGCCAGAGCUGUGUAGUACACCGAUUUUCGUCUUUAGUAAAUGGGCUGUAUUCAGUCUAAAGGAAGCAGACAAUAUCCAGGAUAUGAAGAUCCUAUAUAUCUUGCUUCACAAACGGCGUUUAGUGUCAGUGAAGUUGAAGCAUUGUUUGAGCUUUACAAGAGCAUCAGCAGUUCUGUCAUAGAUGAUGGUUUAAUAAACAAGGAAGAAUUUCAGCUGGCCAUUUUCAAGAACAGAAAGAAGGAAAAUCUGUUUGCAAAUCGGCUCUUUGAUCUAUUUGAUGUUCAGCAGAAAGGGUUCAUUGAUUUUGGUGACUUUGUAAGAUCAUUGAAUGUUUUUCAUCCUAAUGCUCCCCAGGAAGUCAAGAUUGAAUUUUCGUUUAAGCUUUAUGAUUUGGAUAACACCGGAUUCAUUGAGCGGCAAGAGGUGAAGCAAAUGCUAAUUGCUCUUCUCUGUGAAUCUGAGAUGAAGUUGGCCGAUGAGACAAUAGAGAUCAUACUUGAUAAGACUUUCUUGGAGGCUGAUGUGAACCAAGAUGGAAAGAUAGACAAGAUUGAAUGGCAAAAUUUUGUUUCUAAGAAUCCAUCAUUAUUGAAAGUCAUGACUCUUCCAUACUUGAGGGACAUAACAACCACCUUCCCAAGUUUUGUGUUUAAUUCUGAGGUGGAUGAGAUAGCCACAUAAGAUUGUGAUUAAGAUUAGUCAAGAUUCUUGUUUUUCUUGGGAAAAUGGGUGUUUGGAUGGAAGGAAAGAACAGGAAAAGGAAAAAAAAAUGGAACUAAUUAAUGUUUGCUGAUUCAAGGCAAUUAUGAUUGAUGAUGGUCUUUCCUUUCCUUUCCUUCCCUUUCCCACACAGAGAAAGAAAGAAGUCUCAAGUGUAGUUUGAGCAAUAUUAGUAUUGAAUUGUAAAUCUUCAUUGCAAAAUUUGGUGGCUUUUCUUUUGGCUAUCAAAAAAUAAAAAAAAAAAAAAAAAAAAAAAAAAAGAAGGAAGAAGUUUUAGAAAAAUAUUUAGAAAAAGAGAGAGAAGUUAUGAGUUUCAUUUUCCACCAAAGUCUUUCAAGAACUAAAAGGUGAUUUGUAUAUAUGUCAGUUUAAGUUUGGAAAAUGUGGAAAAGAAAGACAUGUUUGGUAUUCUA